GCAGUGCUCGACCGAGGAUAAAUGCGUGAGGAGUCGUGAGAGUGUCGCGAAGUGCGGAGGUGUACGUCGUCGUCGUCGUCAGAUCGUCGUCGUCGUCGUUUGGUUCCGUGAUACGUGAUAAGUGAAAACGUGGAGGAGUGCAUCGAGAACAGUGAAUUGAAAAGAAUUGUUCGACGACGAUAGCUCGUGGGGAAGACGAGGACGCGAGGGAAAACAGAAGGAGGAUCGAAGAAAUUGAAGGGUAGAGGAACGGGAACAAAGCUAAGAAUAAGAGUGUAUAGUGAAGUAAUAAUUAGGCAUCGAAUAGUGUGUGAAAUCCGUGCGUUGUUGUCUCUUAUUAUUACACGGAAAGAAGCAACAAUCGUCCAAUCGAACACACAACAAAUUAAAAAUAUUGCACUGCUGUCCCCGAGUUUCGCGCGCUUCCAGAAAUCAAGAACAGGCACGAGGGGGAAGGAGGGAAAAGAAAAAAAUUUCUACAAAUCAGGAAAAUAUGAGCAUUGCUGCCCUUCUGCAAGCCGCUGAGUACAUUGAACGAAGGGAACGAGAAGCUGAACAUGGCUACGCUUCGACAAUGCCGAUACCUGACGACAUGCGGUCAUCCAGUAAGAGGUCCAAAACGAAAAAAUCCCAGGGCAGCAGGACGACUCAUAAUGAGUUGGAGAAAAACAGACGAGCACACCUUAGAAAUUGCCUUGAAAAGCUAAAAGUGUUAGUACCUCUCGGUCCUGAAACGUCCAGGCACACCACGCUAGGUCUUUUAACCAAGGCUAAGCGUUUCAUCAAGAGUUUAGAGGAACGCGAGCGGAAGCACGCCGUGCACAAGGAACAGCUGUCCAGGGAGCACAGGUUUCUCAGGCGGAGGCUUGAACAGCUGACAAUUCAAACAGGUCUAAAUCUAAAUGGUUUCCAUGGCCUGCAUGGACUCAGCUCGAGUGCACCCACAGGCUCAUCCUGCGGUUCUGCAGCGGCCGCAGCAGCAGCGGCUGCAACCCUGCUCUCCAAGAGGCGAAGUGUCUCCGAAUGCUCGGUAGGAACAGCCUGUUCAACCAGCUCCAUCGCGAGCUCCAGGAACUCGGACAGGUCUGCGGGCAGCCCCUCCGUCUCCGAGUCCGAUGAAGUAGAUGUGAUUGGAUUGGAUGGAAUGGGUGGAUAUUUGAGCAACCAAUCAGAUACGGAUGACCACAGCAGUGUGCAAAGCAGCAGUGAUAGUGGCGUCGCGAUGUCCACCUCCAGGCUUACCCUUUCUGAAAUGAUGGACAAUCUCUAGACAAAGAGGCGUCGCGGAGGUGGCAAGAGUUGAAAAGAAAGCACCUGAAGGAGAGAUCGAAGAAGAAGAAACGAGUAGUUGGCAUUUUCAACGCUAUUCGCGAUUAUCGGAAGGACGACGAAUUAAAAAAAAAAGAAAAGAAAUCUAUAUUAUAUAUACACACACACCAUUGUACAAUUGUGCACGCAUACACACAUGUUUUUGUAGACUCAAUAAGAGCACUGGAUAAGGAUCUUGUGCACACAUCUCUGUGUGUGUAUGCGUGCAUGGCAAUUUUUGCGACCUCAGUAAGUCAGGAAAAAUGUAUUGCGCACAGAACGAAUCAGAAACUGAAAUUGCAAUUGAAAUUGCAAGAAAGAGGAGAAGUACCCUACCUACAUAAUGUAAUCAGCGAAUAAGAAUUUCAGCAAGCAUGUCCUUUUAAACGCGAGAGAAGGUCACACUAUUCUUCUUCUUAUUAUUAAUGAUUAAUAUUAUUAUUAUUAUUAUUAUUAUUAUUAUUAUUAUUAUUGUACAUCGUACUAAAACCCAGAUUUUAAGACAUAAGAUUGUAUGUAAGAUGAGAAGCAGAAAACUGAAGAUACGGCGGUGACCUCUGCGAUGCAUUAUGUGUAAAUUAUUGAAUGUCAAUGUAAAGGUAUUGUACAUAUUUAAAAAGAAAAAAGACGUCGAAUCAAGAUUUCACGAGAGCCUGGAGGGAAAAUAACGUGCAUGAUGGAAAGUGAGAAAAAAGAGCGUACGAGCGAUCAAAAAAGAGAGAAUGAGAGCGAGCGAGAGAGAGCAAAGAAUGAAUGCGAGCCGGAAAAGGAAUCUAGGAAGAAGUAUGGACUUUGAAGGGAAAAAAUCGGGCCAGUCCACGACUCGUCCUCGCACCUGCUCGUGGACGAGACAUGCGCACGAUUUGGCCUGAACCGGGUGUGAGGCCGAAGCGUGGAUCGGCUAAAAAUCGGAUUGGGUUUGAUUCCAAAAUUCCGCAGAGAGGCAGGAUAGGAUACGCGAAUUCCAAAAAGGCAGAGGAACCGUUUAGCGGAACAUCUCCCCUAUUUUUGCCUCUAUCGGUGUCCUGAUUUUCCAGGUUUUUACAAACUUUAAGCGACGUGCUCGGAUUCCUAUUUUUUAUUUUAUGUAUAUAAGCCAAAUUAUUUUAUGUUCUUCAUGCUCGCCAUUAUCGCUUGAUUUCGUGGCAUUAAUAGCGCAAUAAUUUAAUAUAUUUCGUGUAGGCUUCUAUCAUUUUAUUUUUAAUUUUAUCAUUCGGAAACCUAAUUGCUCAAAGCAAUCGAAACAGGUUUUUGAUCCUUCUUUAAUGGGUCAGUCGCACUUGUGAAAAAACAAAA